GGCAUCUUUUGCCAACUACAUGUACAGGCCGCAUAUCGAGAACGCUGCUUUGAGAAACCCUCUGGCUCGUAUGGGCUCUUAAUCUAGUGUGUCUGGCGAUUGCAAUGUCCAAAAUUAAGUCGAAAGAUUUGAACUACGAUAGGUCUCUGCCGCCGUUCUUGCAGCGUCUGCAUGAUCAGAAGGCUGGCCACGGAGAUAUCGACCGCCAUGAACAGCCUAUCGCACGUGCAAAACGUGCAAAGGACCCUCAGGAGAGUGAAGGACCAACUGUGGUGGACGAAAGUGGAGAGACAGUGAGCACGGAGGAAUACGAGAAGCUCAAGAAAGCUGCCUUGGAGAGCACUCAUGAUACUAGCAGUAUCAAGGAGGCCAAUGAUAGUGCUGGCGAACGCAGGAUGUCUGGCACUCCAUUGGCGAGCGCUACAAUACGUUCAGACUCUAAGGUCACCAAUGGUACUGCGCAGAAGAAGCGCAAAGCAGUGAAGGCAAUCGGCGGGCAAGAUGAUGCUGAGGACGAACACCAUGUACCUUCUGGAAAGAAAGUCGUCAAGAAAGCGAAGAAAAAGGCACAGCCAGUCAAACUGGCUUUUGACGCUGAGGACGACUAACAUUUCAUUCUACCGAACCAAAUCGCCCGCUUAUGCAUCCCCUGCGGACAGCAGUCGAAUAAUGGUCCAACACCACAGUACGAGCGUGCAACAUUCCCCGACUGGCCGCCACGAGUCUCUGGGAACGAGGCCCAAAACUCUGAGCAAACCCCUUUGUGCGAAGGCAUCAAUCUAAUGGCGAUUGCGAUGGCGCCGCCAGUUGUGAAAUCCGUUACCGCCAGCUCGUGUCUGUACUUUUCAUUGUGGAGACACCUCUUCAAUGUACACAUCAGCAAAUGCACCCUGCCAAUUCUGGGCUUAGCGUUCCUAGGCGCGUUGCUUGCCGUAGCAUUUCAUGGGUUGCACCUCGAGCACCACGACUUACAGCAGUGCUCGCUAACUCGGUCGCGUCGAAGUGACAGACUCAUAGUCGCAAAAUUACGUGGCUCCCAUUCUGCAGCUGUCCGUCGAAUGCGAUCUCGCCGGAUCAGGCAGUGACCUUUCGAUUAGAGCAUACGAUAAUUCUCUUUCAACAUGCAGGCGAUCCAACAUCAUUUGCGAGAAUGGCCGUUGAUAGCCACGGGGAACAUCAUGAGAUCAGAAUUGGUCCACAAGCAAGGAGAGCACUGCAGUAUCAGACCCCGAGACGACUCAUCAAAUCAAGAGAAACCUG